GCAUCGCCCCAGCAGCACGCCCUGAGUGCAGUCCAUCCAGGAGGCACUGCACAUGGAGAAUGAGGUUGGCAAAUCUGUGGACAAUCAAAUGGAUAAAUACAUAGUUACAAUAAUGGGGAAAUCUGAAAGUCAAAUGGAUAUUGUGGAAAAAUCAACAAAAUCUGGAAAGCAAUCCUGGAGCUUUGUGGCAAUCGGUCUGGCUGUCUUGCUGCUCGUUAUGACUUGUGCAGCGGUCGCCCUGGUGAUCCUGUAUGCCAGCAGCAGAGGCACUGGCUAUGGCACCAGUUCAGGCAACAUAUGCACCACACCUGGAUGUGUUACAGCAGCUGCUAGAAUAAUUCAGAAUAUGGACCCAACAGCUGAACCUUGCAAGGAUUUCUACCAGUAUGCCUGUGGGGGCUGGCUCAAUCGUCAUGUUAUCCCAGAAACUAGCUCCAGAUACAGCAUUUUUGACAUCCUGAGAGAUGAGCUGGAGAUCAUCUUGAAAGGUGUGUUGGAGACUUCAAAUCAAGGGGACAGAGAGGCAUUUCAGAAAGCUAAAGUACUUUACAGGUCAUGCAUGAAUGAGAGUCUUAUAGAGCAGCGUGGUUCAUUGCCCUUGCUAGAGGUCUUAACGGUGGUUGGAGAUUGGCCAGUGGCUUCUGCAGACUGGAAUAACACCAAAGAGCCAAACUGGAGCAUGGAAGAAAAACUCUCUAUAAUGAACUCCAGAUUUAACAAACGUGUCCUGAUUGACAUGUUUGUAUGGAAUGAUGACCGGGAUUCCAACAGACAUAUCAUUUAUAUUGACCAACCUAGUUUAGGAAUGCCAUCCAGAGACUACUACUUUAAUGGAGGCACCUAUCAAAGGGUCAGAGAAGCUUACCUGCAGUUCAUGAUCACCAUUGCCAAAAUGAUCCGAGAAGACAAGAAUAUGCCUAAAGAUGAUUCUUUUGUCCAAGAGGAAAUGACAAAAGUUAUGCAGCUUGAAACUGAGAUUGCAAAUGCAACUACCCCUGCAGAGGAAAGGCAUGAUGUGACCUUGUUAUACAACAAAAUGACUCUAAAAGAGCUACAGGAAAAGUUUUCAUUGAAUGAGUUUAACUGGACCUUCUUCAUCCAAGGUGUCAUGUCUUCAGUAAGUGUUCAUGUCGACCCAGAGGAGGAGGUGGUGGUGUAUGGCAUGCCCUACCUGCAGGAGCUGAAAGCAAUUAUCUCAAAGUACUCAGCAAGCACCAUCCAGAACUACCUAAUCUGGCGACUGAUAAUUGAUCGAGUCAGCAGCCUGAGUCAGCGUUUCAAGGAUGCUCGGGCCAGCUACAGGAAGGCACUUUACGGGACAACACUGGAAGAAGCCCGCUGGAGGGAGUGUGUGAGUUAUGUCAACAACAACAUGGAGAAUGCAGUGGGAGCAUUGUACGUCAGGGAGACGUUCGCGGGUGAGAGUAAGAGGAUGGUCCGAGAUUUAAUAAACAAAAUCCGUGAAGUGUUUAUUGAGACCCUAGAUGAGUUACAGUGGAUGGAUGAGACAUCUAAAGAAAAAGCUCGUGAGAAGGCAAUGGCAAUUAAAGAACAAAUUGGCUUCCCAGAUUAUAUUUUGGAAGAUCACAAUGAAAAAUUAGAUCAGGAAUAUGCUAAUUUAAACUUCAGUGAGCACAACUACUUUGAAAAUAUCCUGGAAAACCUGAGAGCUGGUGCCCAAAAGAGCCUGAAGAAACUUCGAGAGAGAGUUGACCAAGACAUAUGGAUAAUUGGAGCUGCAGUGGUCAACGCAUUCUAUUCCCCCAAUCGGAACCAGAUAGUUUUUCCUGCUGGGAUUCUACAGCCUCCCUUCUUCAGCAAACAUCAACCACAAGCACUAAACUUUGGUGGGAUAGGGAUGGUUAUUGGGCAUGAAAUUACUCAUGGCUUUGAUGACAACGGUCGGAAUUUUGAUAAAGAUGGAAAUAUGUUUGACUGGUGGAGCAACUUCUCAGCUAUGCAUUUCAAGGAGCAGUCUCGUUGCAUGGUUUAUCAGUAUGGGAACUACACAUGGGAGCUGGCUGGAGGAGAAAAUGUCAGUGGAAUAAGCACAUUAGGAGAAAAUAUUGCAGAUAAUGGAGGAGUCCGACAGGCUUAUAAGGCCUAUCUGAAAUGGCUUGAACGGGAAGGGAUGGAGCCAGAGCUGCCUGGACUGAAUCUGUCCCACAAACAGCUUUUCUUCCUCAACUUUGCCCAGGUUUGGUGUGGUUCCUACAGACCAGAAUAUGCUAGCCAGUCAAUAAAGACAGAUGUUCACAGUCCUCUGAAAUACAGGGUGAUGGGUUCUUUGCAGAACUUUGAGGCCUUCUCGGAGGCGUUCCACUGUAAAAAGGGUACAACCAUGCAUCCUGCGGAGAAAUGUAGAGUGUGGUAGCCAAACAGAAACCUGGUAAGAAUGACAAAUACUCUGGCGAUAAAAUAUGCCAACGAUGUGCCUGAUGUUCUCCCGCUCAGUCACAGCCAAGGCUAAUGGUGCAGCUACUGUGGUG